UGCCGUGACGUGUGUCGCCAGCACCCGCCCAUCAGCCUCCGCAGCCUGUCUUUGCGGCACAGGGAGUCCGUAACCUGGACAAACAGCAGCCAGACUUCAGUCUACAGAACCAUCCAUCAUCGCUAUGGGAAUUAUAGCGUUCGUCUUCCAAAACCAAGCGCUUAUCCCCUACUACCUGAAACCCGUACAUUCCGGGGCACAGACUAUAAAAAGGCGUGAGGGGACGGAAUUUGUACACUGAGGAAGAAUAAACCCAGCGAAGGGACAAGACCUCACAACAAUGUGGGUGUCCUGUUGAUGCGGAGAUGCUGAUGCUCCACCUAUGAAGCCGAAAAGUAACAGAUGUGGACCUGGGCAUAUUUAAAGAAGAGAGAUUCCGCUGGGACAAUGCCUGGGAAAAUGUCUAUGAUUUGGUCGCUGACGCUGCUGCUUACUGUGGUCGGUGACGUCUUAACCCACACGCUGACCCCCAUCCCGACCACAGAGAAGCCCUUGUCUCCUCGGCACUACCAUCACUUCGACCCCACCACUGGGAACAAGCUGGUGUGCGACAAGUGUCCGGCGGGCACCUACGUGUCAUCCCAUUGCACAGAGGCCAGUGUACGGGAAUGCAGCCCUUGUCCGGACGGCACCUUCACUCGGGGCGAGAACGGUGUUCAGCAAUGCCACCGCUGUCAGAGACGCUGCCAAGCCCCUUUUAUAGAGAAAACUCCCUGCACGUCCACCACUGAUCGCUUGUGUGUAUGUUCGCCAGGCAGCUUCUCUCAGGAUGGAAAGUGUCAGCGCCACUCAUUAUGUCUGCCGGGGUGGGGCGUCAGAAAGAGAGGAAGCGAAACAGAGGAUGUGCGCUGCCAGCCAUGUCAGCGUGGCACCUUUUCCGCCGUGACGUCAGACUCUCUGAGGUGCCAAGCUCACACAGAUUGCCCUGCUUUGGGCUUAACUCUGCUGAUCAAAGGCACAAAGAAGACUGAUAAUGUGUGUGGCCCAAAUCCAGCCAUUUCAGUCCCUGUCCCACUUGGAGAAGCCCCUGUUUCUACAGUUUCCAGCACUGAGUCAGCAUAUAGAGCUAGUACAGCAGUUUUGCCAACUGCAGAUAUUCAGGAUGAAGCUGAGCCGGUCUUCAGUAGCACAGACACGGCCUUCGGUGCUCAAAACAUUCCCACAACCUCAGCUUACUCUGAGGCUAUUGAUAAAGAUGGAGGACUCUUAAUUGCUGCAACUCAGGACCUCCCUAAAUCGCAACUCAAGCUGACUUUAUCAAGAGACCCUCAGCUUUCCAACCAACAGGGUGUGGAGUCUCUGUCGGAGAGCAAGGCCCAAGGUUUAGGGUACCGACCCAUCCGCAGGGGUGCACCAAGGCCGAGUUCACACAAGCACUUUGACAUUAAUGAGCACUUACCUUGGAUGAUAGUCCUGCUGCUUCUGCUGGUACUGGUCGUGAUCGUGGUGUGCAGCGUCAAGCGCAGCUCGCGGGUGUUGAAGAAAGGUCCCAGACAGGAUCCCAGCAGCAUCAUGGAGAAAGCCAUUCACAAGAAGCCCAGCUCUCCAGCACAGACCAAGGAGAGGUGGAUCUACUACUCAAAUGGUCAAGGUGUUGACAUCCUAAAGCUGGUGGCAGCUCAGAUUGGCAGUCAGUGGAUCGACAUGUAUAAAUCCCUGGCCAGUGCCACAGAGCGAGAGGUGGCUGCCUUUUCCAACGGUUACACAGCAGAUCAUGAGAGAGCAUACGCUGCACUACAGCACUGGACCAUCCGAGACAGCGACGCCAACCUGGCCAAGCUCAUCAAUGCUCUUCACCGCCAACGCCGCAUUGACGUGGUGGACAAGAUACGAAGUGUCAUGGAAGACAAUCCUCAGGUUGACCUGAACAAGCUAAUGACGGCUGUGAAUGUAAGCCAUUGUCUGAGCCCCAGUCAUAAGCCUUUGGAGUCUCCUGGUGUGGCGGUGGAGCAGUCGCCAAUGGAGCGCAGCAGAGGAUUCUUUCCAGACGAAUCCGAGCCGCUAUUGCGCUGUGACUCCACUUCCAGCAAAGACUCUGCCCUCAGCCGGACAGGCUCCUUUAUUACCAAAGAGAAAAAGGAUACGGUGCUGCGACAGGUGCGUCUGGACCCCUGUGACCUUCAGCCCAUUUUUGACGAUAUGCUGCAUAUUCUCAACCCCGAUGAGCUCCACGUUAUCGAGGAGAUCCCUAUGGCUGAGGACAAGCUGGACCGCUUGUUCGAGAUCGCCGGGGUCAAGAGUCAAGAAGCAAGCCAAACGCUGCUGGAUUCAGUCUACAGCCACUUGCCUGACCUCCUUUAAACCUCCAUUACAUCUCACUGCCGUCAAGCUACAGAAGCAAAGUGGCGACGGGCAAUGUGGACUCGGCCGGAUUGAUUGUGCCACUGAUGUCACGCGCACGCAGUUUUAAAAGCUCAGAGGAGAGUGUAUCUGCUUGCUCUUGACUGGAUACAGAUGGUGUCAAUGCUAUAACCUCUCUAACAUGCAGCAUACUCUUGCACACGCCUCAGCAUGAUGCCAGACUCAAAAGCUAAACGAUGUAAUUCACCAGAUGCUUUUGUAAAUUGUGGAAGUGGGAGUUUGUUUCUGCCAUGGAAUUAAAAAUAUUAAUAUAAACAAAAAAGGGUUUUGAGACAAAUAUCAAAAUGUCAAGCCAGGCUUAUUCUGAAAACGCAGCCCUAUAUACAUUUCUGGAGAUCGUGAAAUACGUCCCAGGAGCUACUUUUUUUUAAAAAAGUUCUUAUUUUUUGCAAAUCCACCAGAGGGCACUGUGUAUUAUUUUUAAGAUCUCAAAGUUCUCUGCGAGUGCCAUUCACGUCUGCUCUUCUUGUGUAAAUCAACCAGAGACCGCUGUUGAAUGACUAACUGACCAACUGACCGAUGGCCCAUCCACCACCUUUCCCAAACCCAACCAAUAGUGUUUUCAAAAGCACCAAUUGACCCGCUCACCCACUUCCCUAAACCCAACUGAUAGUUUUUAAAAAGCAAUCCAUAUAAAGAAAAGCCUCCUGAUUUUUAGCACAUUUUCAGAUUUUACCACAUUCUCACUUUGUUAUUUACUUGUUUAUUUUGUUUUUUUGGCUCACUUUCUGGAACCGUUCUUUGCCAGACUCGAACCCCGUUGUCGCGGUCAACUCCUCUCUGCCUCUCAAGUCCGUCAACGUACAUGGCAAGCUAACUGGACAAACUGGUAACAGCUGGAAAGCCGUCCAUAUGGUCAGCUGGUAUAUGGUCAUACCACCCUGUAGCAUUCGUUUAAAAGCCAUUCGUACUUCUGGCUACAUAAUUGGAGAUCUCCAGAAAUGUAUAUAGGGCUACAUUUUCAGAAUGAGCUUGUGUUGCAAAACUUUAUAAGACUUUAUUUCUUUCUGUUAGUUUAUUGGAUGGCCUGCAAAUCUGACUGUAUCUAGUGCAGUUGAGUGAAGAUAUUUCAGUUUAUGAACUGAGAAUGUCAGACUGUUUUUAAAGAGAAUGUUUUUAGUGAGUCUGUGUUAGACAUGGGUCAGUAUAAGAUUCUGACGGUAUGAUAACCUUUGAUAAAAAUAUCACGGUGUCAUUGGAUUAUGGAUUACUGCUCUAAAAUACAGUACAUCUGGGUAAAAACAACAACUCUUUCCCCCCUGAACACAAUAUAUUUUCUUUUAGGAAACUUUUAAAGUAUUUUGGAACUGUAAACAUGUCAGGCUAAAUAAUUCAAAUAAAUCAUUGACUUCUGCUGUCUUCAAUUGUUUAAAAACACCGAUUUCUUUACAACUUGAAAAGGCAUCUUUGGAGAUCUUUCUUUUCCUGGAAUAUAAAGUACAGCAACUAUAGGACGCUGGGAUGAUGUAGAUGCUCCUUUUCUGCUGGAGAUUCUGUUGCCCUAAAUAGCUCAUUAAAAUAGUUGUUUAAAAGAACGGUAUAACAAAAGACUUUAACGAUUUUACAGCCUUGACUUUUCCAAACCGCCGUAUAUUUUGAAACCGGUUAUCGUCCCAUGCCUAGUCUGUUUACUGCAAUUUUUACCAAGUUUAAAAACCCUGAACUGAUCAAAUAAACAGAAUUUGCAAGACAGCUGAUAAACUCACCAACAAUAUCUGACUUAUUUCUUUACAUUUGAACUUCAUUUAAAAGUUUAAAGACUUCUGAUUUUUUGUCUCACAAUCCUAAGUUAGAUCUCGCAAACCGAAUGACUUAUUGUUUUUAGAAUUGUAAUAAAACAUCAUAUUUUGCUACAUUUUUUUCAUUCUUUUUUUAAAUCUGGUGGCAGGAAUGGGCUGCAGUACAACUGACAUUGUUCAAAUGUUCUGUUUUUGUUGUUGUUGGUUUGUUGCUAGUUGUAGUUUUUUUUUACUCUUUACAAAUCCUAUAGAGCAAGGUAUUUUUGUUCCUUUUGUUUGUAUUUUUUAAUGUUCAGAAGUAUUACCACUGUAGCUGGUUUAGAUGAUGAUUUUGUGUUUUAUGUGAUUUCAAGGGCAUUGAAAGUCAUUUCUACUGGUUAUGAUGCAGAUCAUGACUGUUGGUAAUGUGCAUUCACUAUUCAACUCUUAAAAUACCUUUUUUAAAUAUGAUUUCCAUGUGCUUUUCCAAUAAAAGAGGACAAAAGACAAGUAUGAUUGCUAAGUAAUUUCACAGAGGCUAGAGUACCACCAAAAAUCGAUUUCACAACAUUCAAAUGUAGCAUUUCAGUGUUCAUUUUUUUGCAGAGGAUGAUCUGUGGUACAGAGAGAAUGUCUCUGUUAAAUCAAGUCACUCUGGUGCUAGAUGUGAAACUAUGGGAUAGUGGUGGAUUUUAUCCCAGUAACAGGGUUUAUGGUCAUUUGGCCAUUUAACUUUACUCAAAAAAGUAGGUCAAGACGAACAGCUGGUAUUAACUCUCCUGAAUCUUAUAGGAGGAGUGUUGAAUGAACUGUUUGGAAACAAACGAGGACAGAAUCAUAAAGCUGAAGGCUAAUAUGUAUUCUAACGGCUGUGUAACACAUGUAACCAAGACAUUUAUUAUUAUUGUUAUUGAUCAUGUAACCUGAGAAAUCAACAGAUUAAAGUUUUUGUCAUAA